AACACUGACUAUCUGACAAUUGCUCUUGUGAAUGAUUCGUUUCUGAUAGAAGAGGAAUCACAUUGUGUUGCGCUGCUGUUUUUUGCCAGAGGGAAUAAUUAAAUCGUAAAGAUGUCUGACAAAGCCGUUGAAAAAGUUGGACGCCCUAUGAAGUAUCCAUAUACUUUCAGUGCGAAAAUCGCUCAAUUCCCAAUAAAGCACUACAUUCAGAAACAGUGGAUCUGGAAAUAUUAUUUCGUUGCCUUUGGUCUCUGCAUUCCCGUCUUCUACAAAAUCAGCAAAUUGGCGAACUCACCUGAAAACAAAAAGAAGUGGGCCGAGAGCCAAGCAAAGGAAGCUGCCGAACAUCAUUAAACAUAAAAAAUUAUCAUUGGUCGCAUCAUGUAUAUCUAAUAUUUGAAGUUAUAUUCUGGAAUAAAUAGCGCGCUUUCGACCCUAAAAAAUAUA